AUGUCCCUCGACGAAGCUUUAUCGUUGAGCCUCGGCUCGCCGCGAUCCGCCGCGGGGCUGCCCUGCGCGCCGCCGCCGCGGCGGGACGGCGACGGGAAGAAGCGCGCCGGCGUGCCCAUGAACUUGCGGGUGCUGGACCAGCAGCUCAAGCGGUCCCUGGACGUGGCGCUGAAGUACGCGACGCCCCUCGAGAAGGCGCUGAACGCGCGGCUCGACAGCCUGAACGGCGACGCGGACGCGCGCGAGGAGUUCUUCAAGAAGAUCGACUAUUUGAAGGAGAAGCGCCAGGAGGCGCGGCGCAACGACCCCGACGUGCGGCGCCAGCGCGCGCUGGCGCACCGCGUCGCGGCCGAGUCGCCGCGAAGGACCUUGGCGGAGAAGCACGCGUCCGUGCGCUCGAACCGGGAGAGCUUCCACUCGAAGCGCAGCGAGCGGAUUUUAUCGGCCUACGUGCGGAAGACGGCGCGCGUCGUCAAGACCAAGGCCGAGCGCCUCGAGGACGAGCAGCGCGCGCGGCCCUGGCUCGCCGCGCUCGUCCUCGCGCGCAACGCCGUCGACACGAAGCGGUCUUAUGAUAGACGGACCCGGGAGUCGGACCAGUACGGCGGCGGGCGCGCCGUCAAGGGCGCGGCGUCGCGCGUGCAGAACCUCUGGCGGCGGAAGACGGAGGUCGACCGGGGCCGGAGGUACCGCGACUCCGCGAAGAAGAUCUCGUCCUACGCAGGGCCGGAAAGAGAGAGAUUCAAGUUCGCUUCAACGUCCUACAUCGCCGCGAAGCGGACGACCAUGCUCAUGAACCGCAAGGGCAAGGCCGUCGACGUCAUCGCCCACUUUUUGACGGAGAACGCGAACGCGCGGAAGCACAUCCACCGCGUCAUCAAGAACCUGCUCAAGGCGACGCGGCGCGUCCAGCGCUACUGGCGCGAGUUCGCCGUCGUGUCGUCGCACCGCCUCGCGCUGCUGAACAUGCUGUGGCAGGACGCGGAGACGGACUACUACCGCGCGGCGAAGGCGCGGUGCCACGAGGUCGCGGAGCAGCGCCGCGUCGAGAUCUUCGCCGUGGGCGCGCGCGCGGAGCCCGACGCCGAGGGCGAGGGCGGCGACGUCGUCGGGGCGUUGCCGGCGCUGUCGCCCCUGGGGAGCCCCGCGCCGUCGAGCCCGCGGUCGUCCGCGCGGCGCGGGUCGUCCUUCGGCGGCCUGCCCGCGCCCGCGCCGCCGUCGACGCCCGGGUCCGCGGCCAAGGGCACGCCCCGCGGCGCGCCGCGGUCCUUCGGGGCGGCGGCGACGCAGGACGCGCGCGUCAAGGCGCAGCUGGACAUGGUCGACAUGGACCUCGAGGACGAGCUCCGGAAGUUGCAGCGGCGCCGCGUGCCGCCGUCGCACCGGAGGGACUACCUGCGGAAGCUGCUCUUCGAGUGCCGCCGCAAGUUCAAGGUGGAUCUGCCGGACUCGACGAACCUGCUGGCGAACAACGCGUACGCGAUCGCCGCGCGCUUAGCGUCCAUCGAGGACGUGCGGAUGCUCCUGCGCGGCGGCCCCGGGAGCCGGCCGGCGACGGCGGCCUCCGACGACGCGGGCAAGGAGGACGUCAACUCCGGCGCGGAGCGCAUCAUCGGGCGGCUCGUGGCGAACGUGCGCACGAAGCGGCGGCGGCGCCGCGUGCCCGACAAGCGGUGCUGGUUCCGGCUGUUCGCGCACGCGGGCCGCGACUCCAUCUUCGACUACGUCCAGGAGUGCGAGGCCGACUACGCGACGUCCGCCGACGCGCUGAAGCAGCAGGACGUCGUCGCGCCGCUGCCCGCGCGGCGCAGCGCGCAGAUCAACAAGCAGGGCUCCGUCGCCAUGCGCCGCGCGUCGCGCGUCAUCCAGGCCGAGGCCCUCAAGGCCGUCGCGGCCCAGAUGGGGUUCGACACGCGCGCCGCGCGGUCCGCGAACGCGGGACUCGUCGCGUCGAGCGGCGGCGCCGCAGUUCGGGCCCCGCCGGGGAAGAUCAAGGCCGUCAAGUACGUCACCGUGCCGAGCUCGCUGGCCAACGCGAGCGACGUGCGCGUGCCGAAUCUGAUCUACGCCAGCGCCUACAAGCGCCACCAGACGGCGGAGCUCGUCGAGCGCGCGUUCCGGGCGGGCUUCCGAGGCGUCGACACGGCGAGCGGCGAGGGCAACCGCUUCAACGAGACCGGCGUCGGCGAGGCGCUGCGCAACGCCGUCGCGUCCAUGCCGCUCCUGAAGCCGUCGGACGGCUUCUUCGUGCAGGUCAAGGUGCACCACGUGUCCGCGCCGAAGAAGGGCGUCGAGGCGCCGUCGGCGGAGGAGGCGGCGCAGGGCGCCGCGGACCGCGUGACGCGCGCCGUGCGCCACGGGCUCCGGGCCAUCGGGAUCCGCCAGGCGGGCGCGCUCCUCCUCCGGGGCCCGUCGAACGAGGCGCGGCGGAGCGACGUCCUGUCGCCGGCGGACGUCGCCGCCUGGCGCGCGCUCCAGGGCCUCGCCGAGGGCGGCGUCACGUCCCUCAUCGGCGUCUGCAACUUCUCGCCGAAGCUCCUGGAGCAGCUCCUCGCGCUCGACGGGCCCCGGUGCCGGAUCCACCAGACGAAGCUGCGCGCGGACCGCGCCUGGGGCAGGGAGGACCGGAGCUUCGCGCUGGCGCACGACCUCCUGGUCCAGGCGCCGGGCCUCGUGUCCGGCAACCGGCCCGCGCUCGACCGCGGCCGCGAGGUGCAGAAGAUCGCCUCGAGCCACGGCAUCUCGCCGGAGCAGGCGACCCUCAAGUUCGCGCUCCAGCUCGGCGUCGUGCCCGUCGUCGGCUCGACGUCGGCGCUCCACGUCCGCGACGACCUCGCCGCGCUCGCCGCCGCGCCGUUCACGCGCGCGGAGAUGGACGGCGUCGAGUUCGCCUACUCCAAGGGCCGCAAGCCCGCGGCGCCCCACGUCAAGAUGCCCCGCGCCACAUCGACGAAGCACGAGCAUAGGGCGUAG